AUUCGCUCGAGCGCAUCAGCGGCGCAGCAUCAUUUUAACGCACCACCUUGAGAAGACGCAACACAAAAUGGUUUUGCGAAUUUAACGCUCGAUUGAGAAGAAACGCUCAAAGCACCUUCAGGAAUAUAGGACGCUCGUUCUUUUUCUGAAAUAAUAAAGACCAUAAACAAGAAACAAGCCUGGAAAUCAACGGCGGACGGUGGGGGGAAUUUGGGGACAGUCAUGGCGGGGGUGGGAGCCAGGGGGAGAAAGACGGGACUCCCGGGGUUCUGUUGGAAAACAUGCUAUUUCCACAUUCUCUUUUGGGUCGUGUCUGUUUGUGGAGAAGAGAGGACCUUCAUUGUUGAGACGUGGCUGAAGAACUAUGGCUACCUGCUCCCUCAUGACAUCCGGACUUCAGACCUGCGAUCGGAGAAAGCCAUGCAGUCAGCGGUCGCUGCCAUGCAGCGGUUUUACGGUAUUCCAGUGACGGGAGUGCUGGAUCAAACCACCAUCGAGUGGAUGAGAAAACCACGGUGUGGGGUUCCAGAUCACCCUCACAUCAGCCGACGGAGGAGAAAUAAACGCUAUGCCCUCACUGGUCAGAAAUGGAGGGACAAAAAGAUCACAUACAGUAUACAUAAUUUCACCCCCAAGGUGGGCGAGAAAGAUACCCAGAGAGCCAUUCGCCAGGCCUUCGAUGUCUGGCAGACAGUGACCCCGCUGACCUUUCAGGAAGUGGCCUAUUCUGAGAUCAAGAACGAGGGUAAAGAGGCAGACAUCAUGAUCUUCUUUGCCUCUGGUUUCCAUGGCGACAGUUCUCCUUUUGACGGAGAGGGAGGUUUUUUAGCUCAUGCAUAUUUCCCCGGUCCCGGAAUUGGCGGAGACACCCACUUUGACUCUGAUGAGCCCUGGACGUUAGGAAAUGCCAAUCACGACGGCAAUGACCUUUUCCUGGUGGCUGUACACGAGUUGGGACACGCGUUGGGUCUGGAACAUUCCAAUGACCCCAGUGCAAUCAUGGCCCCCUUCUAUCAAUACAUGGACACGCACAACUUCAAACUGCCUCUAGAUGACCUUCAGGGGAUCCAGAAAAUCUACGGAAUACCCACAGCCAUGCUGGAGCCCACUCGACCUCUUCCUACUCUACCUGCACGACGCACACACUCCACCUCUGAGAGAAAACACGACCGGCAGUCUCGCCCCGCUCGCCCACCCUCUGGAGAUCGGCCGUUCUCUCCUGGUAAUGGAAGACCCAACAUCUGCGAUGGCAACUUCAACACUGUGGCCUUCUUUCGGCGGGAGAUGUUUGUUUUUAAGGAUCGCUGGUUCUGGCGUUUGCGCAACAACAAAGUUCAGGAAGGCUAUCCCAUGUUGAUAGACCAGUUCUGGAAGGGUCUACCUCCUCGCAUUGACGCUGCUUAUGAGAGAUCAGAUGGCAAAUUUGUGUUCUUCAAAGGGGAUAAAUACUGGGUCUUCAAGGAGGUUACAGCAGAGCCCGGGUACCCUCACAGCCUGGUAGAGUUGGGCAACUGUCUGCCCCGUGAUGGCAUCGACACAGCCUUACGCUGGGAACCAGUGGGCAAAACAUACUUCUUCAAGGGUGACCAGUACUGGCGCUACAACGAGGAGAAGCGCACGGCUGACCCAGGCUACCCCAAACCCAUCAGCGUCUGGAAGGGCAUCCCUGACGCACCGCAAGGAGCUUUUGUCAGUCGAGAAGGAUUUUAUACCUACUUUUACAAGGGAAAGGAUUACUGGAAGUUCGAUAACCAGAAGUUAACGGUGGAGCCAGGCUACCCCAAAUCCAUCCUCAAAGACUGGAUGGGCUGCGAUCAGUCGGAAGUAGAAAAGAACAAGGACCGUCACCUUCCACACGAUGAUGUCGACAUCAUGGUCGCCAUUAACGACGUACCCAGCACUGUAAACGCAAUCGCUGUGGUCAUCCCAUGCAUCCUCUCACUGUGCAUUCUGGUCCUUGUAUAUACUAUCUUCCAGUUCAAGAACAAAAACGUCCAACAGCACGUGACCUACUACAAACACCCCGUGCAGGAGUGGGUAUGACGGACCGAGGGGUGCGAUGGACCCCAAAUGCUUGAGAACAUAAGUGAGGGCUACUAUGCUGAGGUUUGACCAGUGCCUGUUUUCUGAACAACCUUGUCCCAGAAUGGGAACAAAAGACGAGGCAAGGGAGUUUCCUCUUCCUUCCCAUUUGAGACAGAACUUUACAACAAAUAUUGCAAUUUUUUAGCAUGAGCCCAACGGACAAAACUUCUGGGGAUUGAACAUGUGAAGUUAUGCCCUGGCCUUACGCUAACCAGGUGAAGUCUUGACGGUUGAGAAACCAACACUCCAGCUUUGACCGAGACCAUCACUUUCUCUUCUCCAGGAGAGUCAGAAGAACCGCAGAUUUGCGAAACGCCAGCAAAUCCUUGUCUCGUUCUCAACAUAAACUUGUACAUGAAUUUCAAGUAUUAUCAAAGAAAUUAAAUGAGCAAAAUGACAAAAAAUGACUUGAAAACCAUGUAGGUAGAAAGGCCAUAGAAAAGAAUACCAAGGAAUUCUUGCAGUCUUUUUCAUUUACGGGGUAAAAGGUUCACCCCUAGCACUCCUCGAAGACUGCAACAUGUUUUUAAGGGAGGUUAUUUUCAAAUGAAUUAGCUUCAUAACAUCAGUCUGAAUGUUUGUUUGCAUUUUUUUUCUUUCCUCAGCUGCCUACCUAUUUCCACAGAGUAGGAAGAAUGAUUUAGAAUAACUAGGGCAGUCUUUACACCUCCUCCCACUUGCUACUGUACUCUAUUCCUUUUCUUCUUUUGCUGUAUUUAUCAGUCGGCAACAAAAGAGGUUUUCUUUUCGAUCAGACAGCACUUGUCUUUGUAAGAGAGUCAUUUUGUGUCAUAAUAUGCACAAUUUGGUUGUUUUGGAUUAGGCCUGAUUUCUUGCAAUCUCUAUGUUAUAUUUCACUUUUAUUUGUCAUGUUUCCCACCAUUUUGUACCGUGUUACCAUUUCACCAAGUGUAAUAUUUGAAACACUGGUGCCAGGCAGGAACAUGAACAAUGAACAGAUCAGAAAAUGAAAUAGCUUUGUUCCCAUUGCCUACAGGAGAUGAUCUCUCAACGGUUCAUCCGUCCUCUUCGAAUGAACGUAAUAUGCUGUAUGUCUUGCGUUGAAGUGACUUCAAUUUCAUGUGUUCGGUGUGGAUUGUCUAACACUUAGCUCAAAAAUGUCUGUCGGGUGCUUUUAUUGGUUCGACUGUGCUAUUUAACAGUGAAGUGUGUCUGACUGUACCAUAUUAACACGUUUCGUGCUCAUCUGCUGUGGGAUUGGAUAUGACACAUUGCACAUUGGAAGGAGCUGAGAUGUAAUUGAUGUUUUCAGAAUUUCAAAUGGAACUUUUUGGAUUAACCUGACAUAGCUUCGGGCGUAUAUAUAUUAAAGGUUUGUAGCAUCUUAAUCACAAUGUUAAGAUGGUAGAUUUGGCGAGACUCCCUAUAAGGCUUCACUUAGCACAUGGUUUAUCAUUUGAUAUUGGGGUUUUGCUGAUAUUUUUGCCUUAACACAUUUAGGUUGCAUGUAAUGAAAUCCAUUUUAUUUUUCUCUGUGGAAAGAGCAUUUUUAGCUACAAAAAAGCCACUUUUUGUUUAUUCCACGGAGAAUCGUGUACAUAUUGUAUUCACAGUUCAAUGGAGCAUGAAUCUGCAACAGAAACUACCUGGCAUCUACUUUUAGGUUUCUAAUGUGUCUCCACCAGUGGUUUAAGCAUCUAUUCGAGCUUUACCAUAUUUUUACACUGAGCUGGCUUCAUUGGCAUGGUGUUUGUGACAUUACGUCACUUUUGUAGUUGCCAUAUAUACAUCUACCCAAACGAUCGACCACUUGGAGAUCAUCUACUUUGUAAUACAUUUCAACCAACAUGAAUGUUUUCUGAAUAGUCCUGCCGUCUGUUGAAGGUUUUGUGGGUAUGAGAAAACUUGUCGUCUUCCAAAGUAAAAUUUCACCCUCUUUUGUGUGGUCUUUAAAGCUUUUGGGCCUUCUUUAAAGGGGAACCAUCACGUAACCACUGAUUUGAAAGACAAAAUACAGCAAACUGUCAAUGCAAUGCAAAUAUGUGCAUAAAGGAAAUGUUUGAGAACGUAAUGAUUAAAGGCGGUCAUACGCUGUGCGAUUUUAGGCUGUUGUAUUAUCAUUGUACCUUGAUACAUGAUACCGUGGUACUUUUUUGUUAGAAGAAUGCUUGGUAUAAUGAUUGACUAUGGAAUGUUUUAGAAGAUGGUGGAAAAAAUGUAUAUUUAGCAUAGUGUUUUGGUCGAAUUAGCUCAAUGCAGUAGUACUGUGGAGGGGCUACGUGACUGUACCCCUUUAAGACAUUGUGCCUUGUCUUUAAGUCCGCUAUGGCACACUGAACACUGCUCAUUUACAUUGAUUUCCACCUCAUUAUUUCAACAGUGGAUACAUGAACACAUCCCUUGAUAUAUUAUUCAAUGCCUUUACUAAGUGAAAACAAUGCACAUUUUUUGUUGCCCUCCUUCUCUUAUCAUUUUCUGGAUCUGUUGUGCGAGCAGCUUGAUCGUGGGUAGAGAAGUGGCAUGAAACUAGAGCAGAUUUUACAUGUUUGUGCCCACUUGGGAAAGACUCAACAUUAUUGUCUCUCAGACAAGCAUUUUUAUUAGUCAGCUCUGAAUCUAGAGCACCUGUUCGCAAACAACAAGCAAUGUGGCCGUGAAGUGAUCUAAUGUAUCAGGUACAGGAAGUACUGGGUGGUAUUUUUAAUGGAACACACUGUGCAUCACCAAUUGUCUUCCUCAACUUUGAAUCUGUCCGAUGAGCUGGUGUUGGUAUAAGAGGCAGCAAAACCACUUACUCUAAUAAGCCAUGGACUGAAUUUGACAAUGUGGCACAAUAGUGUGUUCCAUACUUAAGAGGUUUUAUGUGUUUAUAUAUGACUGACAUCUUAUAUAGCAGCUCAAAUGCUCAGAGUUUUAAUGUAUGUUCUUUAUCAAUAUUAGGAUGUCUUGUGAUGGAAGAAACCUCUAGUGGCAAGGCUGCUUAAGUACUCUGAGUAGAUUAGGAUCAAAAUGUCAAAUUCCAAUUUAUUUACAGAAUAAUGGAUAAACUCUAGAGGUAUUUACACAUGGUCACAUCAUGAAUCUUGAUCAUUUGUAUUGCAAUCCACAUAAAUGUGUUUCUAUGAAACUAUUUCUGAACUAUAUGCAAACCCAAUAUUGUUUACUUCCAUGAGUUUCUAUAUUUGCCCGAUUUGGCAAUUAACAUCUGAGUUUUGUGUGCAUUCCCAAAGGUCUGCCACAAUUCCAUUUGGGAUGACUAACAUUUACAGAUGUAACCUGAAAACCAGAUGCAUUUUCACUUGCGUCGCAUCUUCUAUGCCAUUCAAAACAUCUCCAGAAUUUUGGUCUCAAAUGCCUUUUGGAGGGCAUUGAACACUUUUCAUGCAUUAAUAAAAAAGCAUGACGUGACCAAGUGUCUCAGAGUAAGGUCUGCAGACAUGUUUAUCUUCUAAUCUGCACUAUUAUCACUUAAGGAUUUGAUUAUGAAAAGAAAAAAACAGGACAUUUAAGUUAAGAACCAUGCCAUUUCAUGAGGAAUUCUGAAGCUAACAGAGCACUGCGUAAGCCAGUAUUAUGUGUAUAUAUUAACACACUGAACAUUUAGCAGUCAGAAGUGAAAUGUUUAACAGAACUAAAGUGUAUUUAUCAAAGGUGGAUAUCUUUAGAAAUGUUUGUCGUACGGUCACGUGAAAGGUUUGUAAAGAUAGAGGCUUAUCAUAUGAAAAGCUAUUUAUUUAUCAUUAAAGGAGACAUAAGGGUAUUCUACACAGUUUAAUUUGAAAUCAAGGUGAAGCCAUGCCUAUAACCACAUUAGUUGCACAGAAAAAAAAUAAAUAAAUAAAAAAUACAGAACUGUACAGGGAGAUAUACGUAAAUAGGAAUUCUCUGGUAAUUUGCCUCUUUUUAAUGGGUAUGAUCGUGGCUUUGGACAACAGUCACUUUAAACCCGAGCUGCUGUUGCCUUUUGUUUUUUAUGGUCCUUUUAUGAGACUAACAAUAGGACAAACAUAUCAGAGGUAGUCAAGGAACCAACUGUAUUUACGCUUUUUAAUUACAGAGGGUUAAUUUUAAUGGAGAUUUUAUCUGAGAUAGCUUUAACGUUUUUGUUUCGGUUGUUUUUUAUUAUUCUUUUUCUUGACUGACCAUGGGGGAAUUUACUGUAUUAGUGUAUAUAACUGGUUCUUUUUUCCCUUUGACAAGAAUUUAAGAGUGAACGUCUCACUCUCUGGUUUAAAUAAAUUCAGAUUCUGUCCUUGGAAUUUUGAUAUUUUCUGAUUUACAGGUCAAAUGUCGCUGUCUGCUCAGCUUCGUCCAGGUUUUAAAUGGUCAUGUAAAUACAAAGAUUUACUGAAACUUUUCAGACCUUUUGUAUUUUUCUUUCACUCUAAUGGUAGCCUAUGAUUUCACAUUGUCAUGCAUAAUGUUGAUUAUUAAGAAUGAGAGUGAUCUUAAACUGGUUGCUUUACUAAUAUUAGAUAUGAUUUAAGUUUUAUUUCUUAAAUCCUGUUUAUAAUUCUUUGAACAAUGAGUCAUUUUUAUUUACGGUUUUCAGUCUACAGUUUUACACUGUGUAUCUAAUAUCACCAUGUUCAAAGAAAUGUCAAUAAAAUAAAAUUACAUAAA